AUCGAGGUUUAGAAUUUGAGUCCUAUCUUAAGGGUCGUAUGGGCACUGUUGAGUUAGAUGAUCAAAUUACCGGGUUAAAAUAUUUAUCUUCAAAGAAUAUGGGUGUUGAUUUGGAAAGAGUUGCUAUCACUGGUUGGAGUUACGGAGGGUAUUUAAGUUUAAUGGCGCUCGCGCAAUACCCACAGAUCUUUAAGUUGGCCAUUGCGGGAGCGCCGGUAACGCAAUGGGAACUUUACGACACUGCCUACACUGAACGUUAUAUGGGACUUCCAGAAGAAAAUGUUGAAGGUUAUCAUAACGGGAAUGUAUUAACAUGGGCGGAAAAGUUUCCUGACGGGGAGAAUCGGCUUCUUAUUGCUCACGGACAAAUUGAUGAGAAUGUACAUUUUAAGAAUUCCGAAUUAUUAGUUGCAUCUCUUGUGAAAUAUAAUAAGCCACAUGUUUUACAACCAUAUCCCACAGAGAGACAUGGAUUAAGACAUGCGAAUUCCACAUUAGAAAUGUUAUGUGUCAAAUUAAGAGAUCCAACAACUGAACAUUUUACAUUAAAAAGAAAUGUUCUUAAGGGAACAUU